AUGGAGGCCGUCUUCGAGUGCUUUGGCGCAACAAGCCGUUACUCUGCAAUUGGCUACUCGAAAUCCUUUGGGACUAACGCCGGCGGAGGAUUCGGGCUGGCUGCAGGGGUCGGAGCUGACUUGAGGAAGUUGAUUCAGGAGGGGAAGCUUCCCAGUGCCGCCGUCUGCAUUGGCUUUGGGAUCACGGUUGGGCCUGGAUCGGGCGGAGCCCGUGCCGGCGUGGGCGUCGGGGGCAGCUUCUGCUGCGGAACCAGCGGCUGCAGCAUCGGCAUCUCAGUCGGGGCUGUGGCACAGGUUUCUGUGAGCGGCAUCGGUCCCGAAUGCGUCUUCGGUAAGCACAUGGGGCCGCUUGCGUGCAAACGCACUGAGGGCGUCUCGCUGAUGCUCACAUGCUGCCGCUACAACUUCCAGACUGGCUCCACCACUUGUCGCUGA